CAAGAGAAACCCAGAAAAUCAUAUAUAAACACUCCAAAACCUGAAGCAUUCAUCAUCUGUUAAGAUCUAGCCAGAAAGAAAGAAAAAUGGACACCAUGGGAAAGCUUCUACUCUUUUCCACAGCUUCUUUCUGCCUCUACUUCCUCGUCGCUUUCUUCUACAUCUUCUAUAAGUACUGGUGGAUCCCUCGUCGUAUACAGUCGAUACUGAACUCCCAGGGAAUCAGAGGUCCUCCUUAUGAAUUCGUCCAUGGAAACAACAAACAAGUGGUCCAGCUCCAAAGGGAAGCAUCGAGCAAGCCUCUGGGACUGUCGCACGAUAUAUUCCCCAGAGUGAUGCCUCAUUUUCAUCACUGGAUCAACAAGUACGGGAAGAUCCAUCUCGGCUGGAAUGGAGUCCGAGCUCAACUCGAAAUCGCAGAGCCAGAACUGGUGAAAGAGGUGCUGAGAAACAGCGACAAAGCUUUCCCAAAGAGGGAGCCCACGUAUUUCUUUGAGAAGAUGUUGGGCGACGGGCUUGCUUCGACCGAGAGGGAGAAAUGGUCGAGGCAAAGGAAGCUGGCCAAUUAUGCCUUCCAUGGGGAGAGCUUGAAGGUAAAUAAUUUGAUCACCUCCGAUCAUUAUGUGAUUCAUUCACCAUGUAUAAUGAAUUAUCGAAUGUCGCAGAACAUGACUCCGGCGAUCAUUGCGAGUGUCGAAACGAUGAUGGAGAAAUGGAGAGGUAAAGAAGGAGAAGAGAUCGAAGUGUACCGGGAGUUCAGAUUAUUUGCUUCGGAAGUAAUAUCCAGAACAGCUUUUGGUAGCAGCUACUUGGAAGGGGAGAAGAUUUUUGACAUACUGAUGAAGCUAUCAGGAAUUGCAGGCAGAAAUCUUUAUAAAACAAGGAUUCCUAUCAUCAGCCAGAUCUGGAAAUCCGCUGAUGAAAUCGAAACAGAGAAGCUUGCAAAAACGAUACAUGAUACUGUGAUGAAAAUCGUUAGAAAAAGGGAAGAGAAAGUCGUGACCGGAGAGGCGGAAAACUUCGGUCACGACUUUCUGGGAUUACUCGUAAACGCCUAUCAUGAAUCCGACGAGAAAAACAGGCUUUCGGAACAAGAUUUGGUAGAUGAAUGUAAAACUUUCUAUUUUGCCGGCCAUGAAACAACUAAUUCCUUGCUUGCAUGGACAUUCCUCCUCCUAGCAACCCACACAGAUUGGCAAGACAAAGCACGAACAGAGGUGUUCGAAGUGUUCGGUAACCGAAACCCGGAUUUGGAAGGGAUCGCCAAGCUAAAAAUUAUCAACAUGAUCAUCAAUGAGACACUAAGACUGUACCCUCCCGUAAGCGGGACUAUACGUAAAGUCCGACGAGAAGUCCGAUUGGGAAAACUCGCCCUGCCUACUCCAUUAGAGGUCGACAUCCGUAUCAUAGCACUCCACCAUGACCCUGACUUAUGGGGACCCGAUGUUCACCUCUUCAAACCGGAGAGAUUCGUUGAAGGGGUUGCCAAAGCUACCAACUACAAUGCGGCAGCUUAUCUUCCCUUCGGGUUGGGACCUCGAUCUUGCGUCGGAAUGAGCUUCGCAAUCACCGAAACAAAAAUCGCUCUCUCCAUGAUUCUACAACGCUACAGCUUCACACUCUCCCCUGCCUAUGUUCACUCGCCGGUGCCGCGCCUUGUACUCAAGCCGGAACAUGGGCUUCAGUUGUUGUUUCAUUCACUACAUGCUGAUGCGUGAAACUAUCGGCUGCUGAUAGUAUAAUUAUCAAUAAACAAAAAUGUUGUAGGAACCGUUCCUAGUAAUGAGCUUGUGAAUUACUUCAAC